CUAGUGCUACCACCGAAGAGACCGUUGAUCACUUGACAGGAAGUCCGCAGUAUCAACAACAAAAACACUGUCUGUAGAGUAAGAGCAUCGCUCCUGGUCCGCAAUGGAGGGCUCCAAGUCCUCCAGCAGUACUACGCAGGUCAGCUUUGUGUGUCAACGCUGCAGUCAGCCUCUCAAGCUCGACACGUCCUUCAACGUCCUGGACAAGGUCACAAUCCACGAACUCAUCGCUCCUCUGGUGACAGUGACCCCGAGCAAACAGGCCGAGAGCAGUGGAGGAGAGAACCCCCCAGAGGAGACGUUUGUGGAGAACAAGCAGGAUGGAGUGGCAAGGAAAUACAUCCCCCCUGCCAGGAUGAUGUCUACGGAGAGUGCCAACAGCUUCACCCUGAUUGGUGAGGCGUCUGAUGGGGGCACCAUGGAGAACCUCAGCAGGAGGUUAAAGGUGACUAGUGACCUGUUUGACAUCAUGUCGGGCCAGACGGAUGUUGACCACCCCCUGUGUGAGGAGUGCACUGACACACUGCUAGACCACCUGGACACACAGCUCAACAUCACAGAGAACGAGUGCCAAAACUACAAGAGUUGUCUGGAGUUGUUGUCUCAUCUGGAGGAGGAAGAGGAGGAGUCUCUACUGGCCGAACUGAGCGCGCUCACAACCGAGGAGGAGGAGCUUAUCAAGGAGCUGGAGUCUAUUGAGCAGCAGAGAGAGGGAGUGGCCAAAGAUCUGGCGGAGGGCAGAGCACACUCCCAACAACUAGACACAGAAGAACAACAGUACCAGAGGGAGUAUUGUGAGUUUAAGCGUCAGCAGCUGGAACUGGAUGAUGAGUUGAAGAGUGUUGAUAACCAGAUGAGGUAUUGCCAAAUACAGCUGGACAGACUCAAGAAGACCAACGUCUUUAAUGCUACAUUUCACAUAUGGCACAGUGGUCAGUUUGGCACCAUUAAUAAUUUCCGUCUGGGUCGCCUGCCGAGCGUGCCUGUGGAGUGGAACGAGAUCAACGCGGCCUGGGGACAAACCGUCCUGCUGUUACACGCACUCGCCAAUAAGAUGGGACUACGCUUCCAGAGGUAUCGCCUGGUCCCCUAUGGUAACCACUCCUACCUGGAGUCCCUCACAGACAAGUCCAAGGAGCUUCCCCUGUACUGUUCGGGAGGCCUGCGUUUCUUCUGGGAUAAUAAGUUUGACCACGCCAUGGUGGCCUUCCUCGACUGUGUCCAGCAGUUUAAAGAAGAGGUGGAGAAAGGAGACACAGGAUUCUGCCUGCCUUACAGGAUGGACGUGGAGAAGGGGAAGAUAGAGGAUACUGGCGGCAGUGGCGGCUCCUACUCCAUUAAGACGCAGUUCAACUCUGAAGAGCAAUGGACCAAAGCACUCAAGUUCAUGCUGACCAACCUCAAAUGGGGCCUCGCAUGGGUCUCCUCACAGUUCUACAACCGCUAGCUAGCAUGGGGUGUGUGUGUGUGUGUGUUUGUGUGUGUGUGUGUGUGUGUGUGUGUGUGUGUGUGUGUGUGUGUAUGUGUGUGUUUGUGUGGGCUGGCAUGGGUCUCGUCACAGUUCUACAACCGCUAGCUAGCAUGGUGUGUGUGUGUGUGUGCGUGUGUGCGUGUGUGUGUGUGUGUGUGUGUGUGUGUGUGUGUGUGUGCGUGUGUGCGUGUGUUGUACGGUAACCCACAUUUGGACCUUUACAUACUCAGCGUUCAGCGUGACCCAGGACUGUGUGUGUGUGUGUGUGUGUGUGUGUGUGUGUGUGUGUGUGUGUGUGUGUGUGUGUGUGGUGAGUGAGAGAAUGUAAACCACUCACUACAAAUCGAUUUGUAUGAUUUGAUUUUGUCCCUGGUUUUGUUCUCAUCAAGUUGAUGUGGCUAUUGGGGUGUGUUUUGGGGUACACGUACUGUCUUCAGGCUAUUGCGGUGCGUUUUGGGGUACACUUACUGUCUUCAGGUGGACGGACCAGGGGUCCGUAUCUCGAAAGCGUCUUUGCUAACGACGGUAGCAACGUCCUUCGUAAGAGCGACUCAAGUCUCUCUCGACAGCGACGCUCACCACUAAAUCCAAGGGAAUGGUAAGACGGUCUUAAGACGGUUAGCAACGACAAGAAUCGAGAAACGGACCCCAGAACUGUGCCUGCCUGUUCCCACACCAGUUACACUCGGAACUAAAGUGCUGACCUGCUAACCACCCGCGCUUAUACCGGACUCUGAACUUCUCUGCACGUGACAGUGGGUCAAAGACGUGCAAAAUGGCAUUGUCAUCCAGUGUAACGGAUGCCUUCUGCUGACUGUAACUGUAAAAAACAUGAC